GUUAGAGCAUCACGCAUUAUCCCUCCUGCCUUCGUGCGCGUGCGAAGUACGACUCGCAUUUUAUUGUUGAAUUCGAACGAAAAGUUCCAGAUGGUUUGACGUUGGCGCCUGGUGUGUGCGUUGUUCGCGUCUUCCUUUCGUACGAUCGCAACGUCCGGUACGAGAUCGCUCGACGCCAUCGCUGGCUGACAUACUGUGCGUGCGAAACCUCCGUGCUAUUAUGGUCCAACAUGACCGCGGGUUGCUCUGUGGCUAAAAAGGUGGCCAAGUGUAGGCUAGUGGCUGUGUGUCGCUAAGCUAUCGACGACGACGACGACAAACGGCAAGCGAAAACAAAUUCAACAGAGAUUCGCCAAGUGAAAUAUCGGUGUUCCGCCUCGGUGUUGUGUGUGUGUGUGUGUGUGUGUUUGUGGUGAAGCCGUGGAGCGGACCGGAGAACCGUUAGGGAUAGUGUUGUGCGCAGAAACCGAGUGGCUGGCUGGUGCUCUUUUCCCCAUCUGUUUCCGCGAUAAAUGCGUGGCUGGCGGCCACCAACCAGCGUACCAGCAGCAGCAACGGACGCAACAGCUGGAGCUUAGCCCGAUACAGCAGCGAACACUAACGAGAGGAAAACAUGAUCCUCCUCCCGAGGGCGACAUCCCUGCUGCAGUGGUGGUGUAUUUUUAUUCUCUACACAGCACAACGCACCGAUUGUGCAUCGUUCUUCUCAAAUGCCGAACCAAUGGCAGCGGGUCUAUUAUCGCUGUGCGGCGAGAGCGGCGAAUCCAGCGAGCAGCAGUACGUCAGCGAUAAGGGUCCCGCGUCCAGUAUGCUGCUCGCCCUACGCCCGGAGCAGGGCAAGGCGUCACCAUCGUCGGCUACUUCCUGCAAGCGCCAAUUCCGGGCACCCGAUGCGUACAACUUCUUCGUGCGAUUGCAGCGCGUUCCCGGGAUGGGCCCUCGCAGUUCGGCCAGCAGAAAGUACAACGGCAACAAGUCCAGCAACAGCACGCAUAGCUGCCCCCUAACGAUUUCCCAGUCGGCAAAUGGUGAGGUGUUACCCUCGUGGCGGCUAGAUCCAUGCCUGCUGGAAACGUCCGGUACGCAGGAAGAACCGAUGCGGCUGCUGCAGGGUAAGCUGAACAUUGCCUGGAACCACGAUGGCAAUGCGCCCAACUAUCGGCUGCAGAUCACGGUGGUCGGGCAGGGUGCGGUUUGCGUGGAGCGAGAUAAGCAUUCCUGUCUGGAGUACGUCGGUACGCCAUUGCUUUGCAUCGCCCGGGAGCUGGUCUGCGACGGUUUGCCCAACUGUCCCCCGAUCGGGAGCGAGGUCAGCGACGAGAACGAGGCAAUGUGUAUAAAGCACCGGCAGCAGGAGUACUCGGAAAAUCCCGUUCAAUCCGUGUUUCGUCAUUACAUCCAAAACACGAUCAAGUCGUUCUUUGGCGGCGAGCCGAAGGAGCUACCAUCGAAACCGUCCUACGGUGAGGUAGAUAUAGCGCUGGAGCAAAAGUUUGGAGCCAUGUACCCGCCCGCCCCGGUUUCUCCGUUUCCACCGGCCGCACCCGAACCGACGGUGCCACCGAAAAAGCAACGCAGCAGCCUAACCGGACUGUCCAAAUAUGGCCCGUGGGGUUAUCUGUUUCUGGGGAUGCUCAUCUGCGGUGGUGCGCUGCUAAUUUGCGGUCUCUGGGAAUGCUGUUGCCGAUCUCACAAACCCGAGCAAAGCGUGGACGAUUCGCUGCCCGAUCAGGUGCCCUCCUUUCUGCAAACAUCCCCUCCGACGGAUGGUCGCCACGGGCUGAACACCGCCGCCGGUGACAGUCCCGCCGGUCCCAAUCUACCUCACUAUGGCGAGCUUGAUCCACCGCCCGCUUACUCGGUGCUGUUUCCCACCCAGAAACCGGCCGAUGGCAACGAGUUGCCGGCGACUGCCGAGACCGCACAACAACACAACAGUCCUAGCAUUAGCAUUAGCGAUACCAGCACUACUACUGCAAGCAUUGCUGCAGGUAACGAGGGGCAUUCGGUGGUGGAGGUUGAAGAGCAACCCCCGGCAGUCUCUGCUCCCGAAGCGCUGCCGGCUCCGGACUCAUCUGCCUCCACCGUUCCUUAGUCCGUAGCUUACUUUAGGAUAGCGCAUAGAAUCCCCCCAAAAGAAAGAAAGUCUGUGAGCGAGAAGGUGUAGCAGCACGCAUCGGAGUAAGAGAGAGAGAGAGACAAACACAAGCGUACAUAUUAGUGAAGCGACAGUGAUAGGUGUGGAAUAGGUAGGAUAGGAAGGAGAUAUUUUUGUUUUUUUGAAAGGAUAAGGUCUUUACACUCAUUUCGCUGUCUAAACAAACACAAUCAUACACAUGUUUAGCCCUCGUAUAGGCUGUAUUAGUCGAUGAAAGGCUGAGACCAUUUCCUGCCGGGACAAAUUUUUUACUACCAAACCAAAAUCGAAGACAAAGGGAGAAAAAGGGAAGGUGUGCGGUGUCGGGGGUUGUGUUGUUACCGGCGAUGCAACAUCAAAUCAAUGCACCAUUGCCGGCAUUGGGGGCGCGCGCCAUAUGUAGUCAUGGACAUGGUUGUUGCUGUUGUGAUUGUUGUUGUGCUGAAAGCGGUUGAGAGCAAUGGGACCAAAAGGAAACGUUAGUUUAAAGAAGCCAAAACCAAUUUUCCCCGUUCGAACAAAGACAACAAUCAACGAGAGACGAUCAAGCAUUUUCGCCAUGACACACAGAAACACACGCACCGUUUUAUAGAAUGGCGCCAUGUCAGGGCCACCGGGUAAUGUUGCCCAUCUUUUUGCCAGACUACCACCACUACUACACGGACAAUACACAACAACGCACGAUAGCCUGCAGGAGGGAAGCAAAAUGCGAAACAUUGCCUUUCCCGUUUAGUCCUUCCCCCCUUAGUAGAUGAUAGUGCAGCUAGUAAGUAAGGGCAGGAUAGGGUGUACGACGCACAUGCCAGGGGAGAGUGAAUGAAUGCAGUAGCCAAACCAGAUCGUAAUCGUAAUAAGACCGAAGAAGGAAUUCUCAAUUAGCGUUUAAGCAAACACAGACACACACACAAACACGCAUUUAAUAGGACCGUGGUGCGCGAUCGGAGAAGGUACAUGUACUGGUAAAAUGCUACUAACAAACAAUACGUAAUGUGAUAUUAAUUUAUUGAUUGAAAACGGAAUAAACACAUCGAAUUCUUUCAUAUAA